GCGAAAGCACACGCAGCCAGGCCUCGUUUUACACGCUCUUCUCGGCAUUUUUCUGUUUUCUUCUUCUUCCACAAAAUCGCCACUUCGCGAAGCGAUCCAGCGAGCUGAACGGACCACGGCUGACAGAGGAAGCGUCAUCGAAGAUUCGUCUUCUGUACGCACCACGUCAGCUUGCUGUUUCGAAUUGUUCCGUUCAUUUUGUGCAUAGACGUCACCCCGCUGCGGAGCCACAUCAGCAGUGGGGAGAGGACGAAGCACCCCAGGGGCGGUUAACUCCCUUCUUACUUGACCUUCUUCCUCACACACACGCGCACCGACCGGGAAAACCGAUAUAUAUCUUUGAGAUCUUCUCCAGAAAAGGAAGGAUUUUAUCGUUACGUGGUCCCACAGCGAAGCAUCGAAGAAGAAUCUACACGGUUUAGCACUCUUCUUUAUUUCUUUUCUCUGCCAAACAUAGACGAGCGACUCCAAUUCCCCUCCCCCCCUCGCCUCACAAGAUGGAGUGGCAUUCACCGACGAACUCGCCUGCGUCACCGGAGACGGAGCGCACGACAGCCGCUGCUGUCAACACCGCCGCCGGUGGAGUCCGCUUCUCCGAGACAAUUAGCGGCUCCAGCAACCUACAGGACACCGUAGGGCAGCCCACGGCAUCAGCCGCAGCCGCAGCCGCCAGCGGCGACUCUCUUCCGUCCCCAAACGCUUCGGCAUCCCCUUCUCCUAUCACGACGGGGGAGGCGAUGGAUGCCGUCGCGGCGCAGUGCGAGCGACGCGGACUGACGAAUGCCGCAACGUGGCUAAGUGAGAUGAGUCUGCAUGCCCUGCCGUCCGUCCUGGCCGCUCCUUUGCCUACCACAAGCUCGCUGGCGUCGGUGGUGUCAGAGCUGGACAAGCAGGCGGUGCACCUGACUUCUCCUUCGUCGUCUUCGUCCCUGCAGCAGCAGCAGCAGCAGCAACACUUCCAGCGUCUUCACCGCGUCGCGUUGGGCUACUUCACGCGAGGCGAGUUCCAGCGGUGCCAUCUAACCAUUCUUCGAGAAGUCAUGCGCACGAGAGAGCCGAAUUCCGCUUUCAGCUCAGCAGCCGCUGCGGCUGCAAUGGAGAAGGAGGAGGAGACGAGCAGCAGCACGGUGGACAAUGCACCGUCGUCUCUGCCCUCCCCCGAGGUGGUCCGCGGCUUCCGCACCACCGCGCUGCCACCUCUGCUGCAAUUCCUGAGUCUCUACGCUCUCUUUAUGGACGGCAUGAAGGUGAAGCAGCUCAGCAACAACGCCAACUCUUGCACGGGAGCUGGCGGCCCGCAGCGGGCAGUGCACCCACACGCGCACGUCCUCCGCGCAUACCUGCUCGAGGCGAUGCGCAACCCGAUCAACACGCUGCGCCUCGCCGCGGCGCAGACCGAGGCGGUUCCCCCCUCUCGCCCCUCAUCCGACACCCACGCCGUUUGCGGUGACGCGAACACCGACGUCCACAACAGCCACAACGACAGUGCAAGCCGGAGCGUGAACCGCGAAGGGCGAAGCUGCACCGCUCCGCCGUCGCGGCUGCUUGAGGGAACCGCCGUGGCAGAUGGGUGGGACCCGCACACUCCGAGCACAAAGAAGCAGCCGUGGACCAUCACGAGUGCGUCGCGCGUGCCGGGAGUCAAGGGUACCACUGCCGGCCCUGUGAUGGGAGGAGGCUCGUCUGCUUUCAGCCGGACGGACGGCGGCAGCGUCGGCUCGCACACCUUCUCCAAUUUCUCACCGGCCACCACCGUCGAACGGAGCGCGCCAAGCGGCGGCAGACACGACGCGGCCCCCACAGCGGCGCCUCCGCCUCCUCCUCCACCGCUGUCUGCCAGCCCCAACAUCGUCGCCGCAGAUCUUCUGCACCUCGACCCCUACCUGACGUGGCUGAUGGGUGUCGUGCUGCGGGAGCUGCGGAUGCGACAGGAGUGUGCCACCUUCUUGCUGGCCGCCGUCACCGUCAACCCGUUGUUGCGCUGCGCCUGGGAGGACUUGACCUCGCUCGUGAGCCGAGAGGCGCAGCUGGUGGAGCUGGACAGUGUGCUGGAGGACGUCGAGCCGUACUUCAUGACAGACAUCUUUGCAGCAGAGGUGCGGGGGCUGCUGGGGGUGUCGCCGAUGUCGUCAACGCGACUACGCAACGCCGCCGCCGCCGCCGCUGUUGCGAUGGGAAACAACGUCGGAGAGGGGCGGGAGGUUAGACUUGGAGGCGCGCUGGGAGUCGUCUCUCCACCUCCACCACCACCACCGUCCUCCUCUGCGUCACGAUCGGCCGUUCCGCUGUUUGUGGCCUCUCCGCACACCCUGAACGGUGCUGUGGGGUUGGAUGGGAAUGCUGAGACACCUAACCUGGUCCAAGCGCGGAGUACGCCGCAACAGCACGCGAAUGAUACCAACAGUAUUAACGGGAACCCACCCGCUGGUGUGGCGCCGCCGCUGCUGUCGUCACCCAUUGUCCCUUCCACUUCUGCGGCUGCCUUUGCAAACGCCUGGGAGUGUCUCGGCCUGCUUUUCCCAGAUACCCCGAGUCUGCUCAGUCAACUGGCCCACUUCUACUACCACCAACGCAACCGGCUUGACAAGGCCGAGGCGAUAUACCAGCGCAUCCGCAAGCUCGACCCGCACUACUACGGCAUCCUCUACGACUACUCCAACGUGCUGUACACGAAGCGAGACCGACUAGGCCUCAGCAGCCUCGUGCAGGCCGUCUACCACGCCGACGCCUUCCGGGCCGAGACGAACUUCGCGGUGGGCAACUACUACGUCCUGCUGGGCCAGCACGACCGCGCUGCCCUGCACUUCCACCGCACCACCGCCAUCGACCCGCAGUGCGCCGAGGCGUGGCUGCUGCUGGGCCACGCCUACGUCGAGGUGAAAAACACCACCGCCGCGGUCGAGGCCUACCGCACGGCGGUCGAGCUGAACGAGCGGGACUACCGCGGGUGGUACAACUUGGGGCAGAUAUACGAGCUGCUGGAGGCCUACCACCACGCGUUGUACUACUACUGGCACACCACCUCGCUCCGCCCGGCCGAUCCGGGGAUGUGGGUCGCCGUGGCGAACUGCCUAGAGCACGACGGACGAGUGGGGGAGAGCAUCGCCUGCUUGGAGCGGGCCGAGACGUACGACGCGAACACAUCGCCCAACUACCCCGUCUACGUACGUCGCAUCGCCACACACCACAUCGCCAACUCGAGCUUCACGCGGGCCUGCGUCUAUCUGGAAAAGCUGGUUCAGAGCCCCGCAGCAACCGGGGAGGACCUGCUGCUAGCCCUCCCCUUCCUUAUUCAGCACUACGUCCAGCGUGCGCGCAAGUCGCUAGAGUUGCCGGCGCGCUCGUCGAGCUACGACCCGGCACUCUUCUCCCCCGGCCUGAAUCUCUCCCCGGCCUCCUCCCCCGCCUCGGCGUCGGCGGGGCGGACGGCGCUGCACCACGCCCGGGCGGCGGCGGCCCUGCAGCACCUCCACAAGGCAGAGGAGCAUCUCGAGGCGAUGGCAGAGCUCGUGAUGCCGGUGGGGACGUCGCUGCUCAGCGCCGCAGACGGACCGCCACCGCAGCAGGACACCGCGGGAGAGACUGCGCCGAUGGCGAGGUUAGAGAACUUCACAGACGAUGUCACCGCUUCCGGGAAGCGGCGCAGCAAGCAGUCCUCCGGCGGCCUCGCGUCGUACCGCACUAACGCCACAACAGGCUUUGCGACGCCGUCGACGACGACGAACGGCAGCGCUGCCGCGGCUGGCGUUGAUGGUGGUGGUGGUCAGCUGCCGCCGGUUGCGUUCGUACGCAGCCGCCACCGCGAGAUCAACGCACUCCGCACACAGGCGAUGCAGCUGCUGCACCCACCCACGCUGUCGCAGCUGUCGGUGCCGUCGUCGAUGCCGUCGUCGUCCUCUGUGGCGGGAACGGCGCAUGCAAACCAGAAAGGGUUCUUCUCGACGCACACGGUUGAACGUCAUUAG